ACGUGACCAACACGGAAGUCAACAGAUCCGGCAGCGACAUGUAACAAACCAGAAAAAGGCACUUUUUCCCGAACUUCCCCCUGUUUGUGUCUUCCGUUCAACGGCAGCUUCAUGUUCUCAAACAAGCGACCGCCCGAAUGUAACCGUGUGCUCUACGAAGCGCAAGUGUGGGCCGUAACUUUGACGUGUCGUUUUGUCGUUAGUUAGUCGAGGGGAGGGGGAGAGAAAAGGCUCAGUUUCAAAAUGUACAAUGAGUCUCUGCUCUCCAGCGUCAACGUGGUGCUUGUGAUGGCCUACGGAAGUCUGGUGUUUGUUUUGCUGUUCAUCUUUGUCAAAAGACAAAUCAUGCGGUUCGCCGUGAAGUCUCGGAGAGGACCACAUGUUCCGCUCGGCCACAAUGCCCCCAAAGAGCUGAAACAAGAAAUUGAAGCCAAACUGUGCCAGGUCCAGAAAAUCCACUUUGAGCCUCGUCUGCUGUCCCCAGAUGACAACCGGCUAAAGCCAAGAGAACAGACUGGUUUCCAUGACUACCUGUACAGGAUGAGAGCACUGGAUGCCAUCAGAGACGCUGAUCUCCCUUUCCGUGAACUGGGUGGGACAUCCACCGCUGUGACGGGGAAAAGAUUUCGGACUUGGCUUCUGCAGCUACGAAAUUCCCACUGCAUGUUCCGAGACAGCCAAAGCUCCCUCAUAGACACAGUGCUAGAUGGGUACAAUAAAGCCCGACAUGGGGCAAAGGCAUUUGGAGAGGCAGAGUUUUUGAAAUACCAGGAAGCUCUAACUGAACUGGCCUCAGCUGUGAAGUCUCACAGCGUCGGCAGCAGCAGCACUCCGAGCCAGCACCACCAGUCUGCAGCCAAAGACCUGACCAGUACCACGGAGCCAGCGAGCUCCUCCACCUCCCCCGACCAAACCACCUACCUCAUAUCUACACUGCAGCAGCGCAGCAAGAGGCCCAGACACUUCCUGGAGCUGAAGAACUUCAAAGACAACUACAACACCCUGGACAGUACGCUCUGAAAAUCUCUGAAAAAAAGAUCAAGGACGAGGUAGUGUUGCCUGUGAUUAAUGUCGCCAGAGCGUUUUAGAGUGAAGUGACAGAAACACAGCCUCUAUACACCAACACAUUACCUGGUUCACAGAAUAGUGCAUAUCAGACUGCUGGCCCAGUGCUCCUUACCUAAAUGUAGCUUGAGCGUAUAUCCUGUAUUACAGCAUGUGUGACAGGUAUCUUUGGGUAGAAAGGUGUCUGUAGUUAGUGACUAUAGUAAGUAUGGUUGAUUUGACCAAAACAGCUAUGUGGCUAUGCAAUGGCAUAAGACAAUCAGUAUUUAUUGCACAAUGUAAAGGCCUAUUCAGGUUUCUUCAACUUAUCCGACUGUAUGUAAACAUUUUAAUUGUUGCAUCACACUGAGAAAAACACACUUGUUUAAGCCAAGUCUGUCUAUUUAUGUCUCUACUGUUCAUAUGCUGCUGUGCAUUUGACAAGCCUUUUUUUAAGCCUUAAAUGUUUGUUUUACAGACACCUUACUUGAUUUGAUGAAUUAUAAUUAUUAAGUGCUCUUAUAAUUGAAUAAUGUUUCUAAGUGCAAUGUAAUGUAACAGUAUUCCAGUGCGUCCAUGUACUCUAAAUGAGAGGUGUUGCAUCUGGGGGUUGGCUCAGAUUCAUUUGGUUUUCAGGGAGGCAUUCUAAUGCCCGAAUAGUUAAUUUUUUUGGGGAUUUUUUUUUUGUGCUUGCUUGGCAAGUUGCCAUUAAAAUAAAACAGUGACAAUACAGUUGAAUUGCUGUUCUUAUGGGCUGUCAUCACACAAUAGUAAUUUGUUGUGUGAACAGUGUCCAGCAGAGGGAGCCCACUUCACAGUGAUUUCACUGGGAAGUGACAAAGAAGCACUGUCUUGAUUUUCAUUAACUUAUUCCAAAAGCCUACAAGCACAGAUAACAGAAUAAAAAUGAAUAACAUACAAAA